AAAUUAAUCAAGUUCUCUGUAAUUUUAUGUCACAUUCUAGUGCAGGAACCUGUUUGAAGUUGAUUCGUAUAUUGACUAGUAGAUGGCGCCUCGUAAAACAUUUCAUUUCAUUCUUAUUGAUUAACUCGCCGGCAGAAGUCGUUCGUCCGAUCGACCUGUCUUUUCGCUGAAAUUUUAUCUCGGUAAGAACAUUCCUCCGCAAAAUGUUAUAAAGGGUUUGUCGAAAUCUAGUUGAAAUUUGUGUAUCCUUCUUCAAAAAUGGCUGGACAAACAAUCAACGACCGUCUUCUUGCUGCCAAGCAUAGUUUAGCAGGUCAGGGUUUGGCAAAAUCUGUGUGUAAAGCAACAACCGAAGAACUUCUUGGACCUAAGAAGAAACAUUUAGAUUAUUUGGUUCAUUGUACUAACGAACCUAAUGUUUCUAUUCCUCAAAUGGCCAAUUUAUUGAUGGAAAGAUCUCAAAAUACAAGUUGGAUUGUGGUAUACAAGGCAUUGAUAACUACUCAUCAUCUUAUGUGCUAUGGAAAUGAAAGAUUCACUCAAUAUCUUGCCUCAAGUAAUGUAUCAUUUCAAUUAUCGAAUUUCGUCGAUAAAACAGGAGUUCAAAGUGCAGUAGGAGCACGAACUGGUUAUGACAUGUCACCUUUCAUAAGACGUUAUGCCAAAUAUCUGAAUGAAAAAGCCUUGUCGUAUAGAGCAGUUGCAUUUGAUUUCUGUAAAGUGAAACGAGGCAAGGAAGAGGGCACAUUACGUUCGAUGAAUUCAGAGAAUCUUCUCAAAACCUUACCCACUCUUCAGAACCAAUUAGAUGCUUUACUGGAAUUCGAUUGUACCCCCAACGACCUCACUAAUGGUGUAAUAAAUAUGUGCUUUAUGUUAUUAUUUAGAGAUCUCAUUAGAUUAUUCGCCUCUUAUAAUGAUGGAAUAAUCAAUUUGUUAGAGAAAUAUUUUGAAAUGAAUAAGAAACAGUGUAGAGAGGCUUUAGACUUGUAUAAAAAGUUUCUUAUUAGAAUGGAUAGGGUUGGUGAAUUUUUGAAGGUUGCUGAAAAUAUCGGUAUCGAUAAAGGAGAUAUCCCUGACCUAACUAGGGCUCCCAAUAGUUUAUUGGAUGCUUUGGAAUCUCACUUGAGUUCAUUAGAAGGAAAUACUCCUACUACUGCUAGUACUCAAAAAAGUCUAAAAUCUGGUGUUUCUGCAUUAUCUAAUACUACUAAUGCUUUUGCAUCUGUUGAUGAUUCUUUUAAACAGGCAGCUGUUGCGGAGGAAGAGGCUGCGCUGAAUCAAUAUAAAGCAAAGAUAGGUUCACCUUCUGCUUCUCAAACUAACCCGUUUUUGAAUGAAGAGCCAGCAGUUGUGAAAACUGAUCCCAUAUUAGAUCUCUUUGCACCUGAAUCUGUAUCCAGUUCAGCAGCUCCACCCGCACAAAGUGGGUCUAAUGCAUUAGAUGAUCUUCUGUCACUAGGAGGUAAUCCUUUCGCUGAUGUAUUUACAUCAGCUCCUUCGAAUACAAGCAUGGCUAAUGGAAAUAUAUUUGGUAGUGCCACAUCACAGGUUCCUUUAACUACUCAAGCUACUGGGACUAACUUGUGGGGAAGUGAUUUUAUUGCUCAUUCUCAACCUCCUUUCGGAUCACAGACACAGCCUACGUUCACUUCUCAACCGCAAUCAAUACCAUUUUCAGCUGGUAGUGCUUUCUCGAAUGUCUUUAAUCCUGCGGAACCAUCUGUAUUUGAUCCUUUAGGAGGUUCCGAUACCAGUAUACCUUCUACAAUUAAAAUGUAUCCUACUGCUGCUGCUGCUCCGCCCCAAAGGCCCCCGCAACCAACAAAACUCCUAACUGGAGAUCUUGAAUCCAGUUUGACUUCUCUAGUUGAAAAUCUUACGAUGGAUUCAGGUAGUCGUUCUUCCCAAUGGAAUUCUCCAAAGAAUCAACCCAAAGCUCCAGUUACUAAUUGGCAGCCUCAGGGUCAACCUAUGGUUCCAACAUCCAUUUCAAGUUAUCGGCCUAUGGCUCAACCAAUGUCUCAAUCGAUGAUGGGUCAGCCCAUGAACAUGACUGCAGUACAACCUCAACAACCCAUGAACAUGAUGGGCAAUGCACCCCCAUCUCAGCCAACUAGCUUCGAUCCUUUUGGGUCUUUGUAAAAUAUAGAGAUUCAAAUCUUCAAAAAUUCACCAAAGAAAGUUACAGUUGAAUAAAUUUGAAAACUGUAUUCGAAGAUGUUCCAGUUGAAAUUUUUUUCUGUGAUUUAUUCUAGACUUGUUUUUGAUUUUGCUUUAAUGUAAUGUAUACUAUGCAGUACUCCAAUAUCACAUAAGAGUUGAAAAUCAUAAGAAUUUUUUAUAUAAGUAUAUUGUUUCGUUCUAUAUGUUUUGAGCGCUAAAGUUCAACAAAACCAAAUACUCUUUAACUUUUAUUAAUACUCUUAUGAAACUGUGACUUAGAUCAUGUAUAUUCCUAAUGAAAAUAUUUUUUGUAAUCUUGAAACUAGUCCUUGUUUUUAUUGAGAUUUUUAUUGUUCCUUGUACUUUAUUUAUUACUUUUUUUAUAUUGAAUGUAAAGCUUUUCAAAAAUCGUUAUAUAAGUUGAAAGUUGUUAUGAAAAGGGCGCAAAUAUUUAUUUAAGAGCAGUAAAUGGCAUUGUUAUAUUUAUUGUUUUUAUGGGAGAAUAUUAUCAAUCACUCUGUAUUAAUUUAACUGUGACCAGUGUAUAAAGAGUAUCACCAAUGCCAUAACUUAGUUUUCUAGGUACUUUAGUUUUUCCUUUAGGAAAAUUGUAUGUAAUUGAAAACCAUAUGACAAUAUAUGAAGGAAAGAGCUGUUGAAUAUAAAUAAAAAGCUUAGAUGUC